GAGAGAAAUAAAAUCAAAUGGAAUGCUCAAAUUAUUCCAUUCCUACCAAGAAUUUGAAAAUUGAAAAUGUUUUGUUAAAUUAAUCAUUCUGUAAAAAUACAGCAGUGCGGGAGGAGGAACUCAGUUAUUUCAAGGCUUGCCAUUAGCCAAAUUAGUAUUCAGAUAUUUGCAUAAAACUAUUUUGUAUAUAUAGGCUAUUUCUCAAGGUGGUGGGGCAGCAAUGUAGAAAUAUUGGUCAUUUACGAUUGGGGGCAUAUUUAUUUUAACAUAUUCUUUAUAAUUUUUAUGCCAUUUGAGUCAACAUCUAACAGAGAAGUUAGUAAAUGUUGGGACUAGAGAAUUACUAUUUGGCGAUCCUCACAAUUCAACAAAUUCCUGGUUUUGCUUUUUAGUUUCAUAACUGUUAAAUAUUCAACUGCAUCAAAUGUUCACAGACACUGUCAGAGAUCAAUCAUUGGUAAUCUGCAAUCCUAGUAAAAACUGUAAAAAUUAUUUGUACCCCACUAAACCUCAAUCUCAUACUCCCUUGUGUUUGCAGUUGCUUCAAAACCAGUGAUUAAAACAUAAAGUGUUACAGCAAAAGAGUAGCAGCUUCCCACCAUUCGUUCCAAAUCUGUGGAGCCAUCUGUCAGUAAAACAGGAAGGCAUGGGUUCCCUUUCUCUCCUGGACUUGUUUCGCUAUUUUAGGGAGAUUCACUUCUCCCUAUGUAAGGGCUAACUGAAGAAAUUGGUUACUGCCACAUCUUGAAGUGAGGGACAGAGUCUAAAGCUGCUGUUCUGCCCAUCUGCUACUAUAUGAGGAGUAUUCAUUAUUAAUCGAGGCAGAGCUGUGCUGUUCAAAUAUGCAGUCCUGCUUGGAACACAAGCAGAAUAUGGAAGCUGAAGAGGCACAGGACAUUUCCCAGCUGUCAGGUGAGACAGGGAGUAAAGAAGCUCUUUCUGUAAAUGAUCAAGAAGAAUUAGAGCAGAUGCCUGUCCCAGAAGAUCUAUCCACCAGCUCAGGGAGCCAGAACAAUCCACAGGGCGAGAGGGUCAUUGCAAAUUCUAUUAAAAUUGAAACUCCGAGUGACGAAGAGAAUGGGAGAACCUGUGACACAAAUGGUGAAGAGUGCGCUGAAGACUUACGCAUGAUAGAUACUUCUGUGACUAAAUUGAACGGACCACACAAUGGCCAAGGCAACAAAGCAUUUUCUGGAGUUGGUGGCAUUCGACUUCCAAAUGGCAAGCUGAAGUGUGAUAUCUGUGGAAUAAUUUGCAUUGGCCCAAAUGUCCUCAUGGUGCACAAACGUAGCCACACUGGGGAGCGCCCCUUCCAAUGCAGUCAGUGUGGUGCAUCUUUUACUCAGAAAGGCAAUCUACUUCGCCACAUUAAGUUGCACUCUGGAGAGAAGCCAUUCAAGUGCCAUCUUUGCAACUACGCUUGCCGCCGUAGGGAUGCACUCACAGGUCAUCUACGGACUCAUUCUGUUGGAAAGCCUCACAAAUGUAGUUAUUGUGGGAGAAGCUACAAGCAACGCAGCUCACUCGAAGAACACAAAGAACGUUGCCACAAUUACUUACAAACCAUGGGACUGCAUAGUGGUAUUUAUUCAGACACAGGUAGACUGUUUUGCUUUCAACUUUUCAAAGUGAAAGAAGACAACAAAUCACAUGAUUUAACUGAAGGAGUAUGCAAGAUGGGAUCAGAAAGAGCUAUGGUACUGGAUAGACUUGCAAGCAAUGUUGCAAAACGCAAAAGUUCAAUGCCACAAAAGUUUGUUGGUGAAAAGAAGCUGCAGCUUGAUAUUUCAGAGCUUCAGUAUGACGCUAAUUCAAAUUAUGAAAAGGAGAGUGAGAUGAUGCAGACUCAUGUUUUGGAUCAAGCAAUUAACAAUGCUAUCAAUUAUCUAGGGGCUGAAUCCUUGCGUCCUCUUGUCCAAACUCCUGCUGGAGGCUCUGAAGUGAUACCAGUAAUAAGCAACAUGUACACCAUGCAUAAAACCCAUUCAGAUACACAGAGUCAUGCUAACAGUGCCGCAAGCCAAGAUGGUGCCAUAGAAAACGUAGUGCUUAUUUCGAAAACAAAAUCACAGUCAUCAGAAAGAGAACCAUCUCCAAACAACAGCUGCCCUGAUUCCACAGAUACUGAGAGCAAUAAUGAAGAACGAAACAACCUGAUUUACCUGACAAAUCACGUAGCUCCACAGGCAAGAAAUGGCUUGCCUUUAGUAAAAGAAGAUCCUAGAUCCUAUGACAUUAUGAGAGCAGGUAUGGAACCCAAUCAAGAAAUCAUCAAAGUAAUUAGUAGUGAAGGAGAACAUGUGAAAGUGUAUAAAUGUGAACACUGCAGGGUACUUUUCCUGGAUCACGUGAUGUUUACAAUACAUAUGGGGUGCCAUGGAUUCCGUGACCCCUUUGAAUGCAACAUGUGUGGGUACCGAAGCCAGGAUAGAUAUGAAUUCUCUUCACACAUAACAAGAGGAGAACACCGUUUUCAUAUGAACUAAUGAACUGUUUCAACCUACAUUUGGACAUUCUUUUCCAUUUUAUGUGAUUAAUUACAAUUUACACAAAAAAAGAGAAAACCAAAAUCAUUAUCUAAUUUUUUUUGUAUAUUUUUCAUUUAUCCUUCUUGUUAAAUUUGUUAAUUGCAAGAUGUCAACAGAGUUUUAUACAAUGUAUUGUACCAUCAGACCUCUCAGAAUCAAUACAUCUGAAGGAGAUUGUAUUUAAUCAUAUUUGGCAUUUAAAUUAUUUGCUUAAUGUCUUUAACUGAAAUCUAUAUGUUAACAGUUGAUCACAAACCUCAAACUGAUAGGUAAGAGCUUGCAUUUUUAUUACUGUAGUUUGCAACAAGCGGUACUAGAAUUUUUAAACAGUUUAAAGCUUUUUAGUCUAGCAUCUUUUAUAAAAAGCAUCGAUAGAUGUGAGUGAUACAGUGUUGUAAAUUGUAGACUGGCACUAUAUAUAUGUCUUGUUUCUUUGGCUGUGCUCCUUUUUUGUAAUAAAUUACCAGCUAAAACUUGAGAGCUUCACUAAGAUACUAUUUGCAUUUUGACCUGUUAAAACUGAGUCGUAUCUACAUAGUAUCUUGAGGUUCAUCGUUUACACAGAAAUUGUGCCUAAUAUUGUUGGUUACAUUAUUGGAAACAGUUUUCUGACAAAAAAAUUGUUAUUAUUCAUUGAUUCUAUAAAUGUAUACGUAUUUUCUAAUGUUUAUCUUUAUUUCAAAUCCAAUAGGUUUGUUUUAUUUAUUACAUUGUUAGAUUUUAAACUGGAUUUAUAACCUCACAUUUCUAAUUGAAAUAUUGAUGAGUAGUUGCUAUUUCUUUGGCACACAAAGUUUAUAUAUAUAUGUUAAUUUAAAUAUGAAGUUAAAGUGUCUCAAUCUUCAGAUGUGUUUAAUAGAAGUGGCACAGUAUGCUGAACAUUCUCAAAAUGUAAAUUACCAAAAUGCAUCUAUAUUGUUGCUAAUAUUAAAUUAUAAUCUCGGAAUGUGGCACCAUAUAAGAAACCAUUUGGCCCAUUAUGCAUGUAUCAACUAUCUAAAGAAUUAUCAGCAUUGUCCUAAUUCAAAACCCUUCUUCUGUUUUGAAUAUUUAUUCACUUUUCUUUUAAAAGGUAUUACGGAUUUGAGUCCUACCACUAUUACUGGUAGGAAAUUCUGUGUCCUAAUAACUGUGUGUCCGUGAAUAAGUUUCUCCUAAUCUCUUUAAUGUUCUUUUGGUGAUAUUGUGUGUUUGUCCUUUCCAACUCACUUCUGCCAGAAAUAGAUGUUCUCUAUUUAUCUUCACAACAAGUUAUAUUUAAAUAGCACCUUCAACAUCAUAAACCUCCCAAGGUGCUUUACAGAAGCACUCUAAAACAAAAUAUGACUAAACCUCUCCUAAUUUGGAAGAACUUUGAGACAUUCUCUUUAUCUUCUUUGUUAUAUUGAUAAGAACCUAAUUACUCUGAUCUGUCUCCAUUAAUAUCUCUUGUGAAUUGUAUGCAAAUAGUGAAUCUCUUCCACACACUCAACGUGGCCUUGACAGAUUUCCUUAAAAACACCACAAACUGGACACAGCUUUCUAAGUUUAGAUGCCCAAAAUGUCGAUUUUCUUGCUCCUCGGAUGUUGCCUGACCUGCUGUGCUUUUCCAACACCACUUUGAUCUAAACUCUGGUUUCCAGCAUCUGCAGUCCUCACUUUUGCACAGUUUUCUGAAUGCAGUGUAACCAAUGACUUAUCUCAAUUUGGCAUUUCUAUUUGCUUUGGCUACCUAAGGUAUCAAGUUCAGUGUUUGCUUUUUAACUAUUAAGUAUUAUUAUCAAUUUACCCUUCCACUUGAGACAUUUUUGAAUCUGAACCCAAAAUCUCUUUACUUCCUGACUAUAUUUGAAGUCUUAUUGCCCAGUACAAAAUGGUCGCUCCUGUUCUUCCUUCUAAAAUGUAUUGCUUCAUACCUCUCCAAACUAAAUUGUAUCCAGCACCUUUCUGUCCAAACUCUUAACCUAACCAUGUAGUCUUAGAGUUACUUACAGUCUGCUUCCAAUUUUAUUUUCCUCCUUAAUCCUGAAAUUUCAGUCCAUAGCAUCAUAAAGGUAAGCUUUCAAAUGCAUUAAGGGCUUUGCAAUUAAAUCACCAACAAUAUUGCAGUGUUAUCCACCAUUCGACAUAAUGGAAAGGUACAAAAAAAUUGAUAAAAAUCCCAAACUUAUUUGAAUUACUAAAUUAUGUUCCACACCAAUAGUUGAAUAAAAGUGUGUAUAUACCUUGUACAAAAGCCUUGACCAGAAAACUGUUAUAGUAUGUAAUUAGAAUGUAAAGAACAAUGCAUUAUAUUCAUUUUAAACUAUUAGUGGAAAUGUAAUGUUCAGUUCAUUUUUAAAUCAACCUUAAGGUAAAGAAAAGGUACAGAUCAACUGUGACCUAACUGAAUGCUGGAACAGGCUCAAGGGGCUGAGUUACAUUCUCCUCUUCCCUAUGUUCAUUUUCCUAAAUUAGUCUUUCAAACGUAAUACAUCAACUUUUAACAUCUGAUACUUAAACUUUUGUUAUUAGUGUCUUAAAAUUUGUAAAACAAUACAAAAUUUAUACUGCAUUUAAAAAGAAGUAUCAACUAAAACAACAUGAAACCAUCCUCUGGUUGGAGAGAGAGAAAGCAGAG